GAAAAAAAACUUCGAAUAUUUCAGAAGCUUUACCUUAUCAAUCAGCCAUGGCUGCUGCUUCUGCUGCGUGCGUGUAUUCUGUUGGGCCACGUUUCUUCCGCCCACGGCGCACUUUAGCAGCAACGGCGUCUCAGUUCGUAUCAUCCUUCUCAUUCUCUCAACUGGGUUUCAAUUAUCUGCUGCCGCGGACCAGUGUACCCGCGAGUAGAAAGCUUUUUGUGGUUCGAGCCGCUAGAACCGAUUCCAAAGGGGUCUCUUUGGGCUUCAGAGCUCCAGACUUUGAGCUUCCAGAGCCUCUUACUGGGAAAGUUUGGAAAUUGACGGAUUUUGAAUCUUAUCCUGCUUUGCUGGUUAUGUUCAUUUGCAACCAUUGCCCGUUUGUUAUACACCUGAAGAAAGAUAUUGUUAAGCUUACAAAUUUCUAUAUGAAGAAAGGACUUGCGGUCGUAGCAAUUUCUUCAAAUUCUGUAUCUACGCACCCACAGGAUGGACCAAAAUUCAUGGCUGAAGAAGCUAGACUUUUCAACUAUCCUUUCCCAUAUCUGUAUGAUGAGACACAAGAUGCUGCCAGAGAUUUUCGAGCAGUUUGCACACCUGAGUUUUUCCUAUUUAAAAAGGAUGGUCGGAGACCGUUUGAACUGGUGUACCAUGGACAAUUUGAUGAUUCAAGGCCAAGUAAUAAUGUUCCUGUAACUGGGAGGGACUUAAGCCUCGCAAUAGAUUGUGUUCUAAGUGGUCAACCAGUAUCGUCAGUGCAGAAACCAAGUGUUGGAUGCAGCAUAAAGUGGAACCCAUAGACAGAGAAUGUCUGUAAACGGCGCCACUGACACACUGCGUGAAAAGAACACUCUUGAAACUCUUUCUUGUUGCUUAUAAUUUAUAUGAGGAUUUAUGAGAAGGAUCACGAUUUAGUGGAAGGUUGCUUGCAUUCUUAGCCAGUGGUGCUUGAUAAGGUAUAACACAUAUAUCAGUGGGCCUGUGAUUUAAGCGUGACACAUGACUAAGACCGCUCUAUCUUGUAGGCUUCCAAGAACAUGGAACAUGAGAUCUUAUUGUCACGCCCAAAAUAAUUGUUGUGGAAGGAUAGUGGUCCUAUUUUCACCUUUAUAUAAUUUUCAUGUCAUAUUCAUUAGUCAUG